AAAAUGGACUGCGGUCUGCGAAUUGCGAUAUUACCUACUUUCAUACUUUUUGCUGAGUGAUAGAAAGUUCUUUUGCAGAAUAAAUGUUAGGGUUCUUUCAUAAUUGAUUGAUUUUAAAGAGUUUAAUUUUAUUAUUAACCUUAAUUAAAUAAAGCAGACGCUUUAAUCAAUUUAACAAUUUAGGUUAAUGAACUUUGUGUUUUGGAUAAAUAAAUUCUAAAUCAAGUAUUACAAUAACAUCUUAAAGUGUUUAAAUAUUCCUGAACAAAGAUCAUUAUGGCCGCUUUAAAAAAUGUUCAAAGUAUCAAGACCUUAAAUGUUUUGUUAAGGAGGAAUAUACCACAAAUAAGUUGUAGAAGAAACUUAAAUCUUCAAGAAUAUCACAGCAAAGACUUGUUAAGAAAACAUCAAGUAUCAAUACAAAAUUUCCGCUUAUUAGACUCCAAUUUGGAUCCUAAAUCUUUGUCGGAUUUUAAAGCAAAUGAAUAUGUUGUAAAAGCACAAAUAUUAGCUGGUGGUCGUGGAAAAGGACACUUUGAUAAUGGAUUCAAAGGUGGUGUUCAUUUGACUAAAGAUCCCAAUGAAAUCAUGGGCCUAGCCAAGAAUAUGAUUGGUCACAAACUAAUUACUAAACAAACUCCCAAAGAUGGUAUACUUGUGGACAAAGUUAUGGUAGCUGAAAGUGUAAAUAUUAAGAGAGAGACUUAUUUAAGUAUUAUCAUGGAAAGAAGUUACAAUGGGGCUGCUUUGGUAGCAUCACCUGCUGGAGGAAUGGAUAUUGAAGCUGUUGCUGAAAAGACUCCGCAUUUAUUAAAAACAGUACCAAUUGAUAUUCAUGAAGGAGUAACUGAUAAAAUGGCUAAUGAAAUUGCAGAAUUCUUAGAAUUUAAAGGUUCAAUGGCAAAGAAAUGUGCAGAGGAAAUUAAAAAACUAUGGGAGCUCUUCUUGAGUGUAGAUGCAACACAAUUAGAAAUUAACCCCCUUGUUGAAACAGAUGAUGGCCGAGUAGUUGCAGUUGAUGCUAAAAUAAAUUUUGAUGACAAUGCUCAAUUUAGGCAGAAAGAGAUUUUUGCUCUGGAUGAUGUAUCGGGUGUAGAUCCAAGAGAAAGAGAAGCAUCGGAAUUGAACUUGACCUAUAUUGAUAUGGAUGGCAGUAUAGGUUGCAUGGUUAAUGGAGCUGGCUUGGCCAUGGCUACAAUGGACCUUAUCAUGUUAAGUGGAGGAAGACCAGCUAACUUCUUAGACCUUGGAGGUGGUGUGGGCCAAUCACAGGUGUCAGCUGCAUUGAGAAUAUUGGAGUCAGAUCCCAAAGUGAAGGCAAUAUUUGUCAAUGUUUUUGCUGGUAUUGUAAAUUGUGCAACUGUGGCAAAUGGAAUUGUUGCAGCAUGCAAGGAGAAUCCACCAAAACACCCUCUUGUUAUCAGACUUGAAGGCACCAACUCAGUUCAAGCCAAAACAAUUCUUGAACAGUCUGGUCUCAAGUUUCAUAUUAUCAAUGACGCAGAUGAAGCUGCCAAAGCUGCUGUUAAAUUAGCUGAAGGACAGAAUUAAGAAAUACAUGACAAUAAUGUAUCGUAGUAAUGAAAUAAAUGAUUAUCAUUUUAAUUAGUUUAUAUUCUAAGCACAAAGUUUACUAUCAUUUUAUAAAUUCCGAAUUUUUAUUUGACCGAAUUAUUUUAUGUAUAAGUUGUUAUAAUAUAUUCAAAAACUUAUAAACGAGA